AUGGCCGAUUUGAGGACUUUAAAGCUAGAAACUGUGAUCCCUGCUCAGCUGUCCUUCAAAGAGGAUCCUGGAAGAAUUUUGCGCGGCUUCAGAAUUGCUGCUCGGCUUGGUUUAUCAUUAUCAAGGGAGAUUGAGUCUGCAAUCUGGACGUAUUCUUCACUAGUUAGGACCUUGGACAAGAAUAAACUUAUGAUUGAAUUGAACUAUAUGCUGUCUUAUGGAGCUGCUGAACCAUCUCUGCGUCUACUUUGGAAAUUCAAAUUGCUUGAAUUUUUACUUCCUGUACAUGCAGCAUAUCUAGAUGAACAAGCUAUUGAAGAAGAUGUUCAGGCUUCCAAUAUGUUGAUGAAGUUAUUCUUCCAUCUGGAUAAUUUGGUUGCAUGCGACCGACCUUGUGAUUGCACACUGUGGAUUGGAUUGCUUGCAUUUCACAUGGCACUAGUAAAGGAUCCUCAAGAUGCUGUAGUGGUGUGGGCUUUUGCAUCUGUUCUAUAUCAUGGGGAGUGGAAAGAAGGUGUUAAAUUUGCUAAAGAACAUGCCAGAACGAGAGUUAAUUUUAUACCUGAAAUAAGGAAGUCUAAUAUAUACAGAUCAGAUGAAGAAAUUGCAAUAGCAGUCACAAAAUUGGCAUCUUUGGUGAUGCACGCGAUACCUGCUUUGAUUGAGGACAAUAGUCUUCGUCAGUUCAUGAGCAUGUCUAGAUACCCAUCUUUUCCACAAUCUGGCAUGGCUCCAAACCAACUGAGUCUUUGUGGAUUUCAGGUAUUUGUAGUAUCCAGGAAAGCAGGGAGACUUGCUCAUGCAAUUUUCAAAAUGGUGGCUAGUAAUGGUGAAUUUUACAAGAGUGAAAGAAGAAAAAAUUCGAAGAUAAAUUAUCACAUGCUUGGGAAGGGUCAGCUUUCAGAGACUCGAUUUGUUUUGGGCAAAAUUGUUCUUGAAACUAUGAGUAGUGGAAUUGUUGAAAAUGGGGAACAUUCUGAAGCUGGACAAUGUCACCUUAAGACUGAGGGCAGUGAAGAAAUUGGUCCAUCGCACCAUCCAGAUCUAGUAAACCAACAAGUGGCAUCAAUGAAGGAUGAAGGACAACUUUUAUCAAAUUCAGAAUGUGGGCAAGGAAAAAACAAGAAACGGAAAUUGGUUGAGAGUAGGGGUAACGCAAAGAAGAAAAUGAGCUCAGGGAACCAUGAAUUGUCCGAGAAAUUUGAAUACAAGGAAAAUAAAAAAGAGCAGCAAAAGCUAGUCAAGUUAAGCCAGAAGGUUGAUCUGUCUAUGACGAAGAACUCCGCAAAAACGAAAAAUUAUAACAUAAAACAGCUGAUAAAUGAUAGGAAGAAAAUAACCAGUGCCAAUAAAUGUUCUCUAGACCAAGCUAUGCAUAUGAAGAGGGAUGAACACAUCACAUGUUCAGCAUCACAAUCUGCAUUAUCCGAUAAUCACCAGGUGAUAGCUAACAACUUGAAUGUGGAUGCAGAAACAACAAAUGAGUCAGACUUGAAGAAGAAAAAAAUGCGUUUAUCACUGGUUGAAAUCUUUCAAGUGAAAGGAGGAUUGAAACCGCAGAAAACACAAGCUAAGUCUCCACUUCCAGUCUCUUCAAGUGAUGAAUAA